GAGAUUGCUCGGAUCUCAUGGUCCACUCUCUUGCAGUGGGUUCAGCACUUGGAAGACCUGGCCGCAGACUUCAGGUAUCGGUCCGUGACAGCAGCGUUGAACCGGGCCCUGCAUCAAUGGCGGAAGAAGCAGGCCACACCGCGUCAGCAGCAAGAGGGCGUGGACCUGUCGAUGAUCAUUCAGUGGACUUGGCCGGACGUGACUGAAGAGAAGAUCGCUGACAUGAUGCUGUGGAUCUUCGAGAUUGAGCUGAGCAAGUUCAAGCAGCCAACACCGCGGCUGAUGGAUCCACACGACCGUCGGAUUCUGGAGGCCCUGUUCCGUCGGCUGGACGACAAGAACGUGGGCUCAUGCUCUCCGGAGGACAUCGCUGGCAGCAAAGAAGAAGACGAGAACGAAGGGCACAACGACAAAAUGAAGAAUAUCGUGGACGUCGAUACGGUGAAGGCCGUCGUCGGCCAAGAGCGCGUCGAGCUGCUGCCUUUCUUGGAGCUGAUGUGCGAGAGUGGUGUUCGAGCCCAUGAAAAUGCCACAGAG